UUAGAUCCAGACAUACCAAACAAGAGCUUAAAUGAAAUCAAGAGUGUACUUGUCUCAACUCUUGCAUCACAUGGGCAAUUGUCCGAGGCUCUUCUUGUAUAUGAGGAGAUUAAGAAAGCUGGAUAUAAUUUGGAGCCAAAAGCUGUUAUAAGUCUUAUUGAGGAGUUCACUCAAUUCAAUGGGGAAUUGGAUGGGCUGCUGCUUCUACUUAAGGAAGUGAGUGAUCUAGACUAUUGGGUUGAUGGUUGCUUCAAGGUUAUCAUGUAUUGUAUACGGAUCAAGAAUUUGAGUUCUGCUAUUCUCUUGUGCAAGCAACUCAAGGAUAAGUUUGAAAAU